AUGAGGAUAAGCUGGAUGAACAAGCGGCGCAAGACUCUGGAAGACCAUUGUCACUUUGACUUUUGUUUUUCCUGCCGAGGAGCGAGGGUUCGGGGCAGAAGGUCUGAGCUGCAUCCAGACUUGGGCAUCAAUGCGUUUGACCGUCCCGGUGCCGGCGGUAUCUGCUUUUGGGCCGCCGUGGUGACUGUGGCCCCGACGAACUUCAGCUCGUCGGCGAUGAAAGCCGUGUGCGAUGGCUUUGGCAUCGCCAGCACGAGAAUAAAGCUGAUUACAAAGGUCUUGUAUGCUUGGGAGAACAUUAGUCGGCUGAUUGGGCCAUGCACUUCUCACCAACUCUCUUCUCAUCAUCGAAUUCAAGGAUUCCAGAGAAAGCUUUCGUGCGCCAAAGUUGAGUGACACGGCUGGUUUCAUUGCGGACGCUGGAAUGAUUAUGGCGGCUAAACCUAUCGACUGGGUGGUGAGAUAAGCAGUGCUUCGAGUUCUGCAGCUUGUGCCUUUAUAUGUCUGCGCUAUGUGACGCUUGCAACUUCUGCCUGUCUGGACAGUGUUGUUUCCCUUCGGAGAUCUCGGGAUGUGAAGCGUCCAGUUUACUGACGGGCUCCACAGCAAGCGAGAGACUGAAAGACAAGAUGUAAUCUACGACUGCCAAGCUCCAAUGGAGGCUGUUAGCUCAGAGAUCAUCGUUCUCGCUUGACGGAGACUAUAGUCAACAACCACCUAAAUAUUCAGGUUGAAAGAGCACUUUGAAGAACAUGUUCACAUGUUCCAGAAUGUUCGUUCUGUCACUCCGCUAAACUUUGUCCUUCGUCGAGUGUAAGUGCAACUUUGGGAUGAUCCUGAGUCCAUCCCUGCCAUUUUAGUAGAAAUUUAGAGAUUAUUUGGAGGAAACAUUUGCCCUCAAUAGUAAGAGGAAGAAGUAUAAACAGAUCAGCGAAGUGGAUGAAAAAGCAACUCCCAGACAAUGAGAUCGCUCAUCGUACCUUGGAAGUUGGAACCCACCUGAAAAAGAACAACCUCUCCCAGAUCUUUUCUUUUGUUCCACUCAAGUGAAAGUAUUGACUUCCUUUGAAGGUUCUGCUUUGCCCUUGAGACAUGCCACACCGAACGGUAUGCAAGCUUUUGAGUUGCGGUUUUACAAUGUGAAUCAUGUUUCUACAACGAGCUAGUUGAUGUGGGGAAAGCUUUGUGAGUUGGACUUCCCAAAGUAUGAAGUCUGUCCUCCCAACUGCAGGUUGAAUCUUCCUGAAUUCAAAUUUUAGCAGACGACAUUGGAAUCCUACACGCCAGUGCUGAAAAUCACCCACAUUGCAAAGACUCCA